GAAUACUAAAAUAUGCGAUUAAAGAAUGUGUUAUUGGUAUCAUUUGUGUUUAUUCGGAUUCCAAACACAAAAACAUUUCGUAAUUCAUCGUUUCUUUGUUCUUGUUGAAGAUGGAACGACGAAGUAGGUUGCUUUUGUUAUCAGAUUUUGUUAUUUCUUUCAUGUGGGUAUGUUCUGGUGUUGUCGUUCGGUUAAUCGUCUUCAAAAUUCUGGGUUUUUCUCAUACCCAUCUCGCCGAGAUUCUGAAGCUUUCAUUUUACAUAGCCAACAUGUUCUUGUUUGCUUUCCUUACCAAGGUUUCUCGUGGCGGGGCCUACAAUCCUCUCACUGUUUUGGCUGCUGCUAUCUCUGGGGAUAUUCGUGACUUCCUUUUCUGUGUUGGUUCUAGAAUUCCUGCUCAGGUGUUUGGAUCUAUUGUUGGAGUUAAAUUUCUUAUAUACACCAUUCCCGAAGUAGGACAGGGUCCGCGUUUGAAUGUUGACAUCCAUCAAGGAGCACUGACAGAAGGAUUACUAACAUUUGUAAUCGUAAGCAUUUCACUUGGACUUGCCGCAACAAAAAUCCAAGGAAAUUUCUUCAUGAAGACGUGGAUUUCCAGUCUCUCCAAGUUAACACUUCAAAUACUCGGUUCUGAUCUCACCGGUGGUUGUAUGAACCCCGCAUCUGUGAUGGGAUGGGCUUAUGCUCGAGGGGAUCACAUAACAAAGGAGCACUUUCUUGUUUACUGGCUUGCCCCCAUUGAGGGGACUAUUUUUGCAGUGUGGACAUUCAAAUGGCUUUUCCGGCCUGUUAACAAAGAUAAAGCAGGCUCGAAAAGAAAAUCCGAUUGAAGAAACUCCAUUUUCUAAUAGAAGUUUGAUGCUAUCUGUGUUUCAACGUUUCUUUGUGUAGUGUAGUAGUGGUAUAAAUGUAUUAGCAAGCAAUGUAUAUAGUUUCCAUGAUUGAGAAGCAUAAAGAAUUUAAACUGUUGGAAGUUGUAAAAUUAUGAGGGUCAUAGCAUGAUCCCUUUGUUGAUUUUUUAGUUUUGUGAGUGAAAGGAAAAAUCCAAUCAUUCUUAUGGUUUCCAA